GUUGAAUUACUUGGGUGUGGUUUCCUCUGGGUUCACAACACUCUCUUGAUUUAAAUUUGAGGAAGAGUAUGGCUUAACUUUUAUUUGAAUUAUUUAUAGUUUUGUGAAAACUUUUCCUUUGGUGUAGAAAACUUCAAGGUAUGGCUGCUAUAGCAACCCAAGAUCCUACUGGCAGUAUUGCAAGUGUACUACGUGGACCAUUGCAUACACAGGCCCCUCAGCGCCCUGGCCCUCUGCCCUCUAGAGUAUUACACCCAGAUGAGCAGCUCCAGCGAAACCAGCCCUUUUAUGUUCCCACUGUCCAGCCUUUAUUCCCAUAUCAAUGGUCCAUGUCAACUCCAUAUGUACCCUACGCUGGUUUUCAUGGCUUAGGUUAUGGCAUGAUGAUGCCAUCAUUACUACUUCUCCAGUGUUUAGAAGUCCCUGGAUACAUGAUUCCUCAAGCUCAACUGGACUACAGAUGUAUGACUCCAAAUGUGGCUCCAACUAUUGCCCACCAGACCCGCCACUCCCAUUUUCAAAAUGGUGUGCCCCCUGGUCGUGUGAUGGUCAGUGCAGAGGUGCAAACCGAACCCCUUUGUCAUAACAUAGACUCACAUGAACGUGCAAUAUCCCGCAAUUGUUCUGAAUCAGGUAGGGGUACUGGCAGUCCAGUGUCAACAUCACCCAGCUCUUUGGAUAACAAAUCUGUUGCUUAUGCUGAAGGUACAUCCAUGCUAACUCAAAAUUACAAUGCCACCAAUGCUAUCAACACUGCUGAUUUGUCUGCUGUUCCUAAGGCUGAAAUCCUCCAAGCCAAACAGAUACAAAUGAAUGCAACGAAAUGCCUGCUGAGCUUAAGAAUUUUCAGAAUGAGGAUAACGCUGAGCUAGCUAGUCAUAAUGAAACUGACCUUUUGCAGUGCAGCUUGGGUUCCAUACAAUCUUCAGGGGAUGUUGUUUUGUGCUCUUACCAGUCAUUAGCAUUUAGGAAAGAUAAACGGAGUGUUGAAGCUGGGAUGUUAAGGUACUCCAGGAAGCAUUGUCUCCCUGCUUGUACAAAAGUUACUGUGGUGAGAACCUCUCCAUCCUGUAGAACUUCUCAAACUUAUCCUAAACCAAGCAGAUUGGUCAUUACCCAAAGCAUCAAAGAAAGGAGAAACUCAGAGAUGCCAUUUCAGGGCAGAGAAGAUGGAAACUCCUCAAAUAACAUGGACUUUAAGAUUCUGCGGCUGCCAUUUGACUUUCAGAACCAUAACCAGCCUUGUCAGCUGGAAGCUUCUAUCUGGUCAGUAGAGUCUCUGAUACCUUAUGUACCUUCCACUGAGUGGAUGACAGAGAAUGGUCUUCUAACCUCUCAGAAACCUUUGAGCCCACUGAAUGAACACAGUGGUGUUAUCUCAAAGCCAAAUUAUGUUGCUGAAGGAAAGAAUCUACAACCUGUUGCAUCAGCUAAAUAUCAUGGUCGUCCAUGUCCACUAGAGGCCUCUAUUUGGUCAGUAGAAUCUUUGAUGCCUUAUGUGCCUUCCAAUGAAUGGAUGGUUGAGAAUGGGUUUUUAACUCCUCAGAAACGGCUGAACCCACAGAUUAAAUCCAGCGACGUUCUGUCAAAGCAGAAUCAGUCUUCGACUGGUAUUCCAGCAGAGAUGAAUCUAAAAGCUGGUGCAUCAACUAAACAUGACUCAUUUAACACUAUUGAGUCCCGCUCACCAUACCGUCCCUCAACAAGCUGGCUGGCAGAUUUUGGUAAUGUAUACUACUACAGUAAGCUACCUGUUGUACGGCAACAGCCUGACCUUCCAGAGAAGCGGCUACCAAAGAUCGCCAUUAGUCUUGAAUCAUCUCCUCUCAGAAAUGGGAAAAACACCAAGAACCAAAUACCUGCAAUUGGCAGCUCAAAUCUGAAGCACUGUUCAUUUUCUACUUGCAAGUGCAAAUCAAAAAGCGGUUUGAGGCUAGCUGGAUCUGCCAUGAAGUGUAGUUGGGUUUCUCGUUCCACAUUGGAGAAUGAACUUCCCUUCUGCCCAUCAUGUAAAUAUGAUGCGAAAGGAAAGGAUCAUAGAAAGCCUUCAGAUGGUUUUAGCUGCAAAAGAGAAGAGACUACUGAAAUGAAGACCUUUUACAUGAAGAGGGCUACUGAGGGCUUCCAUGGUACCCCAAAGAUGACUUCGGGAAGCCAUUUUGCGAAAUGCUGUGCUGCCUACCAGGCUAAACUGAGUGAACAGACUGGACUGUGUGAAGAUUGCCGAUGCCUUAAUCCCAGCCCUGCUCAAGAUAAAGGUGGUAACCUUGGAUGGAGAAUUUGGGAAAACGGUGAGGAAGACUGGAUUAACAACCCAAAUCAGAGAUUUUUACAGAAACUGCAGAAAGACAAUGCAUGGAAAGCAAGUAUGCAGGUCUCUAAAAAUGAAAGAAGGAUCCAGAAAAAAGAAAGGAAAGGGUACUCGCAAGAGAACACAUGAGGAAGAGACAAUGUUUAUGGCUACCAGUGGUCCGUGUGCACACCCCAUGGAGAGCGAGAAGGCGCAUUAAUAUCAAAAGUUCAAACCCUUCCUACACAAAUACAUGUAUGGUUUUUAUGCAGUGAUUUAAUAAAGUACUUAUGACCGUGAA